CAGUCAGUACCCCCGUCUUGUGCCGCGGUUCCCUCUUGUGAGUAUGGAUGACCCCUUCAUCCUCUACUUCGUGUUGAAUGAUUGCCUCACUUCAGCCCUUGACAAUUCGAAGAUAUGGAUAGUCACUCUCGACAUGAAGAGCAGGACCAUCCUGCGAUGUGAUGGUAUUGGAGCGUACCCAUCCGACGGUGAUGCCGGCAUGGCCUCUUACAACAUCUUUGGCAACUGUGGCUUCUUUCCCAGCGAAUUCUCCAAGUACCUGAAGAAGCUCUCCACGAGGGACACUGAUGAGGCCCCGUCUACUGUUGUGCCACCAUGUCGAUUCUUCUACGUGGGCACAAUGAAAGUGCAUAUCUAAUUUCCAAGCAUUCGAUUCUUCUACGUGUAGCAUCAAAGAUGGGGAAACAACGUUAAUUUGAUCAUUUACGCUUUAUCACACACUGCUCUCUUGGAGAAAAAGUACACUUCCUG